UCGUCCUUGACUCUGGAAACCAUGAUGGCCGCAGGUAUGCAUUUGGGCCAUUCUGCGUCCUUGUGGAAUCCGAUGAAUUUGCCGUAUAUUUUUGGUGAGCGUGAAGGGAUUCAUGUGAUUAAUUUGGAAGUUACCAUGGCAGCGUUGAGGAGGUCGGCGCAUUUCGUUAGGCAGGUGGCGUAUCAUGGAGGAUUGGUGCUUUUUGCUGGAGCAAGGAAGGAUCAUCGACAGAUGGCCGUGGAUGCAGCGUUGCUUGCGGAGCAGUACUUUGUUACUGGCAAAUGGAUCCCAGGAACUCUGACUAACCCUAGACCGCUUUUGGGCAAGCAUAUCAUGUAUGUGGAGGACAUUUGGGAUGAGGAAAAAGCCAAGUUGAAGAAAGAGGGCGAUGGGCUUAAGACUUAUAAGCCAGAUUUGAUCAUCGCACUUAACCCUCUGGAGUGCAAAACCAUGCUGGCGGAAUGCAAACUUGCGCAUGUUCCAACUGUGGGCAUCGUCGAUACUAAUUGCGAUCCGAGAUUGGUCACUUAUCCUGUACCCUGCAAUGAUGAUAGUAUGAGGGCGGUGGCUAUUGUUGCUGGUGUUUUGGCUAGGGCUGCGAAGGAAGGGAUGGAUAUGAGGAAGCUU